CGUGCCACGGGACCGCCUGCUGCUGGUGCGCGCCCGGCCGUUCAGUUCCUAGCCGCGUCCUCAGCCGCUUCCCUCUUCUCACUCCGGCCCCCGCGUCUCCGUACCGACAUCUCCGGGGCCGGAGCUCAGCCGGAGCCGGAGCCGCUGAGCGGCGGAACCAUGGAGGCCUGAGCCGGCGGCGUGCACACCCGGGCCGCUGUGCGCCCGCGCUCCCGCUUCCCUGCUGCCCGCCCGCUGCGGCUCGAAGGGGAGUCCGCGCCGCUGACACAGGUUGUCUGUGGACAUGCCCAUGUGAGACGAGUUGCCUACCACACAGACGAUGGGCUCGAACAGCAGCAGGAUCAGUGACCUUCCGGAGAACGAGUACUUGAAAAAGCUGUCAGGCACCGAGUCUGUCUCUGAAAACGACCCCUUCUGGAAUCAGCUCUUUUCCUUUUCUUUUCCUGCACCAACCAGCAGUUCUGAGUUGAAGCUGUUGGAAGAGGCAACCGUUUCAGUUUGCAAGUCUUUGGUUGAAAAUAACCCUCGAACGGGAAAUCUUGGUGCCUUAACUAAGGUCUUCCUUUCCAGAACCAGAGAGCUCAGGCUUUCAGCGGAGUGCCAGAACCACAUCUUCAUUUGGCAGACGCAUAAUGCUUUGUUUAUUAUUUGCUGCUUGCUGAAAGUGUUCAUCUGUGAGAUGUCUGAGGAGGAGCUACAGCUUCAUUUUAUGUAUGAAGAAAAGUCUCCCGGCAGUUACAGUUCUAACUCUGAAGAUCUUCUGGAAGAAUUGCUCUGCAGCUUGGUGCAGUUAAUCACUGAUACUCCACUCUUAGACAUCACGUACGAGAUAUCGGUGGAGGCCAUUUCAGCAAUGGUUGUCUUCCUUUCCUGCCAGCUCUUCCACAAGGAGGUUUUGCGACAGAGCAUCAGUCACAAGUAUUUGAUGCAAGGCCCAUGUCUUCCCUACACCAGCAAACUCGUGAAAACCUUACUUUACAACUUCAUCAGACAAGAAAAGCCGCCUCCGCCCGGAACCCAUGUUUUCCCGCCACAGUCGGAUGGGGGAGGGCUGCUGUACGGACUGGCAUCAGGAGUAGCGACUGGUCUCUGGAGUGUCUUCACGCUAGGCGGGGCGAGCAGUAAAGCAGCUGCCUCUCCAGAGCUUACUUCCCCUCUGGCCAACCAGAGCCUCCUGCUUCUGCUGGUGCUGGUGAACCUGACUGACACUCCAGACACACCAAACCCCUACAGACAAGCCGUCACAUCCUUUAAGAACACACAAGACAGCAGUCCUUUCCCAUCGUCAGUUCCACAUGCCUUCCAGAUUAACUUUAACAGUUUGUACACAGCCCUGUGUGAACAGCAGACGUCUGACCAAGCCACGCUCCUCUUGUACACUCUGCUCCAUCAGAAUAGCAAUGUCAGGACGUACAUGCUGGCUCGGACAGAUAUGGAAAAUCUUGUUUUACCAAUUCUUGAGAUUCUGUAUCAUGUUGAGGAAAGAAAUUCACACCACGUCUAUAUGGCCCUCAUCAUACUGUUGAUCCUUACAGAAGAUGACGGCUUCAACAGGUCCAUUCACGAAGUGAUAUUAAAAAACAUUACUUGGUAUUCAGAACGAGUCUUAACUGAAAUUUCCCUGGGGAGUCUCCUAAUUUUGGUCGUAAUAAGAACCAUACAAUACAAUAUGACCAGGACUAGAGACAAGUACCUGCACACAAAUUGUUUGGCAGCUUUAGCAAAUAUGUCAGCACAGUUUCGUUCUCUCCAUCAGUACGCCGCCCAGAGGAUCAUCAGUUUGUUUUCUUUGCUGUCUAAAAAACACAACAAAGUCCUGGAACAAGCCACCCAGUCCUUGAGAGGUUCCCUGAGUUCCAGUGGUGUUCCCCUCCCGGAUUAUGCACAGGACCUGAGCGUCAUUGAAGAAGUGAUCCGAAUGAUGCUGGAGAUCAUCAACUCCUGCCUGACAAAUUCUCUUCACCACAACCCAAACUUGGUAUAUGCCUUGCUCUACAAACGGGACCUCUUUGAGCAAUUCCGAACUCAUCCUUCAUUUCAAGACAUAAUGCAAAAUAUUGAUCUGAAAUUUCCAGAACUGAAAUUCAAAUACGUGGAAGAGGAGCAGCCCGAGGAGUUUUUCAUCCCUUACGUCUGGUCUCUGGUCUACAACUCGGCAGUAGGCCUGUACUGGAACCCACAGGACAUCCAGCUGUUUACCAUGGACUCUGACUGAAGCGGGACACCCCCACCCCCACCCCCAGCACAGCCGCUCUGCUGGGUACUUCAUGUCUAGGAGUAUGAGCAGACAGACUGCCUGGGGUGUCUUCUACCACACUCACACAGCGGACUGCCCUCUCACACUGUGAGGGUGGGGAAACCGCCACCAGUUCGUAGGUCGCUCGGCUUUGGUCGUUCUGCAAGGGGGGUGCACAAUAAUAAAAAACAGAAAACUUGCUGUUCAA